AUGUCGUCCACCCUUCGCCAGCGCCAGGUGUCGCCCCAGGCCGAGGCUGACAAGGCCUCCGCCAUCAUCGCCGCCGAGGAGAUUGAGCUCACCGAGGGCCAGAAGUUCCUCGUCCCCAACUUCACCAUCAAGCAGCUCCUCGACGCCAUCCCGGCUCACUGCUACAAGCGUUCGGCCUUCAAGUCGUCGCUCUACGUCGUCCAGGAUGUCAUCCUCCUCGGCGCGCUCAUCUACGGCGCCUACCACAUCGAGUCCUUCCUUGGUCGCUUUGCCCUCUCGCCGAUCGCCUUUGCUGCCGCCCAGUUCACCCUCUGGUCGGCUUACAUCUUCUCGGCUGGUCUUGUCGGCACCGGUAUCUGGGUUAUCGCCCACGAGGCCGGCCACCAGGCCUACUCGCCCUCCAAGACCAUCAACAACUCAGUCGGCUGGGUCCUUCACUCGUUCCUCCUCGUCCCCUACCACUCGUGGCGUAUCUCGCACGGCCGCCACCACGCUGCCACCGGCCACCUUACCCGCGACGAGGUCUUUGUCCCCAAGACCCGCUCGCAGCUCGGCAUCCAGCCCAUGAAGCACGAGUCUGAGGACAAGGGUAUCAACGUUCCUGCCUGGCGCCGCGCCGAGCUCUACGAGGCCCUCGGCGAGUCCCCCAUCGCUUCGCUCUGGGGUCUCUUCCUCCACCAGAUCUUCGGCUGGCCCAUGUACCUCAUCCGCAACGCCUCGGGCCAGAAGCACUACCCCAGGUUCACCAACCACUUCCAGCCCUCGUCCAUCAUCUUCAAGACCUCGCAGUACUGGGACAUUAUCAUCUCGGACCUCGGUAUCGCCAUCAUGUUCUCGCUCCUCGGCUUCUGGACCUACAACCGCGGCUUCAAGGAGGUUGCCCUCGUUUACGGUCUUCCUUACCUCUGGGACUCUUUUCUUCUUCACAAACGGCAGGUGCUGACGUUCGUCGUGAACCACUGGCUUGUGGCAAUUACGUUCCUGCAACACACCGACCCCGAGCUCCCUCACUACUCGGAGAAGGAGUGGACUUUUGCCCGUGGUGCUCUUGCUACCGUCGACCGUGAGGGUGGCUGGAUUGAGAAGUACAUUCUCCACCGCAUCGUCUCUACCCACGUUGCCCACCACACCUCGUCGCGUAUCCCUCACUACCACGGUGUCGAGGCUACCAACGCCCUCAAGGCCUUCCUUGGCCCCCACUACAAGCACUCGGACAAGAACGUCUUUGUCGAGUUCUACCGCAUCUUCAGGGAGUGCCGCUUCAUCGAGGACGGCCACGACAUUGCCUUCUACAAGAACAUGGAGGGUGUCGCCCAGAAGGUCGGUGUCAUCGAGGGUGACGUUGUUUCCGACUCGGGUGUCGACGGCAAGGACCAGUAA